AAAGGUGGAACUCAAAUGGAACAAAAGGCCCGCAAAGACAAACACAAUCGCAGAAUCACGCUGCGGCUGGUGGGGUAUAUAAAGCCCGUCUUUGACUGGAAUUUGGCAAAGAGUUCCUUGGCAGAGAAUACAUUAACCAUGAGAUACACUUGCGUUUUACUGCUGGCAGUCCUGGCCUGCGUCCAGGUCCGGCAGACCACGGCCUCUGGUACAGCCACGACCGCGGCAACUGCCACCACAACCUCCGCAUCGGCCACAACCGUUGCAGCCACGACAACCGCUGCAGCCACCACAACCGCUGCAGCCACCACAACCACUGCAGCCACAACAACCACUGCAGCCACAACAACCACUGCAACCACAACAUCCGCUUCAGCAACCACCGCGGCCUCCAGCAGCGCUAAAGGAGGAGUAAGGAGGAGAAAAAGAUUUACACGUCACCAAAAGGGUGGCAAGACGAACAAGAAGAGCAAGAAGAACAAGAAGGACACGAAGAAGAAGAAGGAGAAGCGUUACCAUUACCGUCACCGCACCUCGACCGCUAGCAGCACCUCAGCGAGGCGCCGAUCCCUCUCCAGACGCUUGAGGAAUUAGACACCCGAGUCCCGAGUCUCCACCCCGACGCCGACCCCGAAUUGAACUACACCGAACCAACACCAGACUUUUACGCUGAACGAUGCCAAUUUCGUUUUUGGUUUAUCAGCUAUCCAACGACCAUUUUUUUUAUAUUUGGUUAAGAAUAUGAAACGAAAUAAAAGCUUUUAAAAAAUGCA